AUGACGUCCCGGAAGACGCAGCAGGAGAUCGACAAGACCUUCAAGAAGGUUGCCGAGGGUAUUCAAAUAUUCGAGGGUAUCUAUGAGAAGAUCCGGUCAACAUCAAAUAUCACGCAACGGGAUAAGCUCGAGGAGAACCUGAAACGGGAGAUCAAGAAGCUACAACGAUAUCGUGACCAAAUCAAGUCAUGGGCAUCAGGAAAUGAGGUCAAGGACAAGGGGCCGCUGCUAGAGCAGCGCAGGGCCAUUGAGACUUGCAUGGAACAGUUCAAGGCGGUAGAGAAGGAGAUGAAGACAAAGGCAUAUUCGAAAGAAGGGUUGUCGGCUGCAUCCAGAUUAGAUCCUAAAGAGAAGGAGAAGGUCGAGACUUGCGACUUCCUAUCGAACAUGGUGGACGAGCUGCAACAGAAGAUCGAAUCCUUCGAAGCGGAAGAGGAAACGCUUCACAUGCAAAUGAAGAAGGGCAAGAAGGAUGUGGCCAAGACGAAUCGCCUGUCAGACCUUUCACGCUUAACAGAUCGCCAUAAGUGGCAUGUCAAUAAGUUGGAACUGUUGCUACGGUCGCUGCAGAACGGAAACCUCGAAGUCCCUCAGGUGCUGGAUAUCAAGGAAAGCAUCAAGUACUACGUGGAGGAUGGGCACAACAUUGACUACUCUGGUGAGGAUGAAACCUUGUACGACGACCUGAAUCUGGACAACGAGGCAGAGGUGCAGUUCGGCAUGACAGGGGACAACGACAAGGUAUCCUCGCAAGAUACGCAAUCGAUUCAAGACGAGGAGCCGGAAAUCAAGCCCAAGGUCAACAAGGGUGAGAGCGCAGGACUUCGAAGGCCAUCUGCACAGAUGAAAUCGCCUCUACCUGUGUUAGCAACACUCCAAUCGUCGACCUCCACGACUGCCGCCUCAGGCAUGAAACCCGCACCACCGCCUACCCGCCUCCCCGGAGAAACACUCAAGUACGCAUCCGCUGCCGCUGCAGCUGCAGCAAGUGACAAGAACGGGGUGGGCAUUGCACCACUUCCGCCACCUCCAGGCGCAAGCCCCGCUUUCCCGCACGCUGUGCCUGCAAACAAAGCUUCAGCCACUGCCUCGCCGAGCGUUGCAUCGGUACAACCUACUUCAUCCAAACCCGCACCGGUCCUCACGAUAGCGGCGGAGGACAUCACCGGUGCACGAUCAAAAACACCUUCCGUCAGCCCCAACGUGGCUGCUGCGAGCACAUCGUCACAAACAAUGGAGAAAGCGGAGGCCCCAGCAGCUGCCAAGGAGCAGCCCGCGCCGAACGGUGAGGCGACGAGUAAGCAAGAGGAGCCGGAGAGCGAGGAAUCGAUCUUCCACCUGCCUCCCGGCCUGCAGGAUCUUAUUCAGUCGUUCGAAGUCACGAGGUCCCGGGCGUCAGCAAGCACCGCCAACGCGUCCCCGUCAGUGCAGCGCAUGCUUGCAACAUCCCUCGCGAACUGCCCGGAGCCUGCCGAUGCGGAGAAGCCUCGUCAUUACAAGCCUCAGAACCCUUACAAUACGCCUCUAUACUAUCCUCAGGAACCGCUCACCAUCUUUGAUGAUCCGCGCUUGUAUGAAACCGGGCGCAUUGACACGGAUACACUGUUCUACCUGUUCUACUACCGACAAGGCAGUUACCAGCAGUAUCUCGCGGCCAAGGCAUUGAAGAACCAAAGCUGGCGUUUCCACAAGCAAUAUCAGACCUGGUUCCAACGUCACGAGGAGCCGAAGACGAUCACGGAGGAGUUCGAGCAGGGCACAUAUCGCUUCUUCGAUUAUGAAAGUACAUGGAUGAACCGUCGUAAGGCUGACUUCAAGUUCGUCUACAAAUACCUGGAGGAUGAAUUGUAA